AUGUUGGGUGAGCAGCCGGCCCCCGAAGCCAGGCCGAGGAUGCUGGGAAGGUACCGGGGGCAUACCCUGCUACUGAUCCUGGGUCUUUACAUCGUCAGCCGGCGCUUGGUAAGCUCAGCUCCUGUGCUUGGCGUUGGCGUGGGCACGUCAAGCUCUGAGUUGCAAGAGCUGGAAAGCAGGAUCAACCAGAGCAAGGUGUUUGUGGUCUCCAAGCAGUGGUGCCCGUUCUGCCAGCGUUUGAAGCUGGUGCUCGCCAAGCUUGGGGUUCAAGCGGAUGUCCUGGAGCUUGAAGAUAUGAACCAGCAUCCGCUUGUCAAGGACGAAGGAGCUGUUCUGGACUACAUGCUCAGUCGGACUGGCGCACGCUCGGUCCCGCGCCUCUUCAUUGCCGGCAAGUUCAUUGGGGGAUGCGACGACGCUGUGAGCAUGGCAGGAUCGGGAGAGCUUCAAAAGCGCCUCAAAGAGGCCGGCGCUUUGUGA